GAUUGCGAAAUCUAAAAUCGAUAAAACAGUUUUUAAAGUCUUUGACUCUGAAAGGAAUAUGUAGUUCUUUUUUUGUGUUUUAAUUAAAUAAAAUCAUCGAGAUUUCUGUGUAGCAUCGUGUUCGGUAGUUUUCCAUAAGUUUGCAGUGAUGGCCUCCGUCGCCGUAGAACAGGGCCGCCGCCAGCAUUUUCGCAACAGCGAAGCUGAUCUUCCCCAUCUGCGUUCCGCAUCGGAUAAUUCUGAUGAAUCUGACGAAGACGACGAAGUGGAGUACGAUGACAAUGGUUUACCUGUAGAUUACAGUAGGGGCGAUCGUGCUGCGGGGACAGGGAAGAGUAUACGGGACGCGGGACUGAUCAGCGGGAAGACCUAUCAGCCUCGGUCCCUCGUCCGCUUUUCGCAUCAUUUGGAUCUGGAAGGCUACUAUCAGGGACCAAAAUUAUCUGGAAACGCUCUGAACAGCUUUGAAGCCAAUCUGAGGAAAACGGAAAGCGAGCGAAUCCGCGUGAAAGAUAAAAUGGAUCGGGCCACGGUCGAGCAAGUGCUGGAUCCGAAAACCCGGAUGAUUCUGUACAAACUGCUGAAUAAGCAGAUUGUGGCGGGAAUUGAUGGGUGCAUCAGUACCGGAAAAGAAGCCAAUGUCUAUCAUGCCGAGAACAACGAUGGUCGCAAUCUGGCAAUCAAGAUUUAUAAGACAUCCAUUCUGACGUUCAAAGAUCGUGAUAAGUACGUCAGUGGAGAAUUUCGCUGGCGGCAUGGCUACAGUCGGCACAAUCCACGAAAAAUGGUCCGAACAUGGGCGGAGAAAGAAAUGAGAAAUUUACUGCGGUUGCGCCAAGGCGGCAUCAGUGUACCGGAACCGGUUAUUCUCCGUGGACAUGUCCUCGUUAUGGAGUUUAUCGGGGAAGACGGCUGGCCGUCUCCCAAACUAAAAGAUGUCGACUUGUCAGACAGCAAAGCCAAAGAAUUAUAUGCCAGCUGUGUUUUAAUGAUGCGCCAGAUGUAUCAAGACUGCAAACUGGUCCAUGCUGAUCUGAGUGAAUUCAACAUUUUGUACCACAAAGGCCAAUUGUGCAUUAUCGACGUUUCACAAUCUGUGGAGCACGAUCAUCCGCACUCUCUGGAAUUCCUCCGUAUCGACUGCACCAAUAUGACCAACUUCUUCCAGAAGCUGGGCGUGCCUACGCUGACCGUCCGUGAACUGUUUGAAUAUGUUACCGAUGCCAAAAAGAUCUCCAAGCAGACGGAAGUGGCACAGCGGGAUGCCUUGCUGGCCCAUGCCGCCGCGCGGGGUAAUGAUUUGACGGAAGAAGAGCAAGUAGCCGAAGAAGUCUUCAAGCGUGCCUUCAUUCCGCAACGUCUGGAAGAUGUCAUUGAUUUCGAGCGGGACGUGAGGAAGCUCAAGGAGGGACAGCAUGACGAUCUGCUGUAUAAAACGCUGGCGCCAGUGGAAACCGCUAACGUGUCAGCAUCGGAUGUCCAAGACGUUUCCGACACAUCCGAAAGCGAAGAGGAAGAUAACAGCGAACACGAUGCGGAGAACAAGCCCAGUGGCAGCGGCCCGAAUCCGCUUUACCAACGGUCUCGAGACGAGUCGCCCAAUACGAAAAAGGAGCGGAAACAAGCCGUCAAAGAUCAACAAAGGGAAAAAAGGAAACAGAAAGUUCCGAAACAUGUCAAGAAGAGACAGGAAAAAGUUGCCAAACAAGGACACGCUGGGAAAAAGUGAAAUGUGUUGUUUGCAUUUUACACAGAUACUUUUGUCCCGGCGGCUUUUUGUUGGUGUUUAUUAUGUAGAGGAUUAUUACGCGAAUUGCUGAAAGCUGUCACAGUCAGAUUAAUCGAACGAUUUGAUCUUAUUAAAAUGUCUCUGACAUGAAUUAAA